AUGCUGCUCUAUGUGAGGACUUUAGUGAGUUACAUGAAUUCAAAAUAUAGAAGCAAUGCUGCAUUCCACUUUACUUUUCCUGUUUCCAACCCUCUUUAUAAAAGGUUCUCUAGCUACAAAGGAUCACAAAAUCUGACCCGUGUCUCAGAAUUCCUCCUGAUGGGCCUCUCAGAGGAUCCAGAGCUGCAGCCUGUCCUCUUUGGGUUGUUCCUGUCCAUGUACCUGGUCACCGUGCUGGGGAACCUGCUCAUCGUCCUGGCUGUCGGCUCUGACUCCCACCUGCACACCCCCAUGUACUUCUUCCUCUCCAACCUGUCCUUGGCUGACAUCGGGUUCUCCUCCACCACCGUCCCCAAGAUGAUCGUGGACAUCCAAUCGGGCAGCAGAGCCAUCUCCUACGCAGGCUGCCUGGCGCAGAUGUCCCUUUCAGUCCUUUUUGGAUGCAUGGACGGCAUGCUUCUGACGGCGAUGGCCUAUGACCGGUUCGUGGCCAUCUGUCACCCCCUGCACUACGCGGUCAUCAUGCACCCACGCCUCUGCGGCAUCUUCGUUUUGGUGUCGUUUUCUCUCAGCCUUUUGGACUCCCAGUUACACAAUUUGAUUAUAUUACAGUUUACUUACUUCAAGGGCGUGGACAUUCCUAACUUCUUCUGUGACCCAUCUCAGCUCUUAAACCUUGCCUGUUUAGACUCUGUCACCAAUAAUCUAAUCAUGUAUUUUGUUGGGGCCCCUUUUGGGUUUCUUCCUCUCUCUGGGAUCCUUUUCUCUUACUACAAAAUUCUCUCUUCCAUUCUGAGGAUCUCAUCACCAGGUGGGAAAUACAAAGCCUUUUCUACCUGUGGCUCUCACCUGUCGGUUGUUUGCUUAUUUUUUGGAACAGCCCUUGGAAGCUACCUGAGUUCAGCUGUCUCCCUGUCUCCCAGAGAGGGUGCAGUGGCUUCGAUGAUGUACACUGUGGUCACCCCCAUGCUGAACCCCUUCAUCUACAGCCUGAGGAACAGGGACAUUAAAAAUGCCCUGUGGGGGCGUCACAGCAGAAGAAUUUAA